AUGGAGAGAGAUCUCGUGCCGGUGCCAGCGGCGGCGGCGGGGGCAGCGAAGGAUGGGGCCAUCGUGGAGUAUGCUGGGAAGGCGGGGCCCUUGCUCAGGGAAGAUGAGGAGGACCUCGAGGUGAAGCUCCGUCGCAUCAUAGAUAACGUCCCCGUCCGCGUUAGUAACACCUCAGGAAGCUCCGCUGGUGCCGGCUCCGGCGACUUUCACCAGGUUUCUUUUCCUACGUUCCUUCUCAUAACUCCGUCAUCUUCCUCUGUCUGGCACACCGUCAUCGUUUUUUUCCUCUCAACGUGCUUGCGUUUUGGAUUUAUGUAUUUUAUUGUAUUACUAAUUUAUUAGAGUAUAAUUUUUCAGUUUUCUUUCGUUAUUUUUCUUAAUCCUUCAUCAGCUGUGGAUUAACGAGCACCCUUGGCAGGCAUUGUAUUGCCCGACCUCAUUCACAAGUCACGACGGGAACCAUUGGGCUUAGAAUUUAAGUGUGCACUCAGCUUAUUAUUUUCAUUUUGCGACGGCCAAUUUUCCAGUUAGAGGCGAUCCAAUUUACUCGGAUCACCGAUGGCAUGGUCCAGACGUCUCUUCCGUCUCCAAAGAAUUAGUAGUGGGCACGCAUUGCUGAGAGAGUGAAAUUGUUUUUUUUUUCUAACUAUUCUAAAUAGUAAAUUAGUUCGGUGUUUUCUUGUUGAUGAAUAAAAAGAAAUUGAAAUUGUAACGGUGGAAGAAAUGUGUCAAAAAUUGGGCUCCCUAUAACGAAAAAUUACGGAAAGGAGAAAAUUUUAAAGGUGAAAAACCAUGAUAAACGCAGAAGAGGCUCCUCUUACCUUCUCUACUACUUUACUGCUUGGUGAGUAGGACACUUAAGUGCCCAUGCAUGAUUUUUUCUUCUGGAUGCAUAGUUGCCUCCAUACCGCAAAUCUGGGAAACCCUUAGAGGACAGACAUCCGGCAAGAAGAAGUCGCAUCUUGAUUGGCAAUUUUCACAAAAGACAUUAUAUUGCUGUAUACUGGCGCUAUUAUAGAAUUGAAUGUUGGACAAUGCUUGUGUUAAACUUUAAAGUGCUGAUGACUAGGUUUGACUGCUGUAUGAUUAGUUAUUGUAUUAUUGAGAAUACUGCCAACAUUACUGGUUCAUCAAAAGUCGCUAGCUUUUGGAAUGAGUCAAUUCCAUUUUAAAUGUUUAAACAAAUAUCAAUUUGGAUCUGUUAACCUGGAAUAGCAGAAACUUGGUGGAUAUUCGGGAUGAGCUUUGUACAGGGGACUUUCUUGAGUUAUUCAAUAUGUCAUCACCCAUUUUAUAGAGCAUAGGAAUUCUUGGUCUUUAAACCUAGAGUGUUGAAAUAUAAAGCUUGUGGUCAUUUUUUAGCAUCAUCUUAGAUGAUUAUGACAAUUUUUUGACUAUCACAAGUACUCCCUUUCUAUUUUUAAUGCGAACAAGUUCUGAAUUAUAUAACCAAAGGGGUGAAGUUCGUAACUAAAAGCACCACUUUACAACUAGAGAAGUAAUUCCUCUCAUUGAACCAGAUUCUAGACAACUACGUAGAGAAAGUAAACAAAAGGUAUCCCUCCCUUAGUUUUUUUGAGUAUAAUAGGGCAAGUAGUUUCAUCGAUUUCUGCUCAUUAGACCAUCCCCCACGUACAUUAUAUUGUUGGUAAUCUUUGCGGGUGAUUGAAUUCUUGUUCAAAUGUCUAUUGUUCCUCUUCUUCUGAAUUUCCUGUCAACACUGCUGAUAAUAAUACCUUUAUAUACUCAACGGCAUAAAAAUAUCCCCUGUACAAUAGGAAUAUUAUUUUCCAUCCUGUAUUCACCUGCUCAUUACCCGCAUAAAUGUGCUUUAAAGUGUUCAUGAUUACCCCAAAAGACAUUUAUCUGUCGCUCCAUUGUUGGGUGGACAUGCAACCCUAGAAGAUGGCAGAAUACCAUUCCUUUUUUUUAUUUGAAUACUUGAUCCUCCAUAUUAAGCCUGACACCAAAAAUUUGCUGCCUUCAUCUCCCAAAUUGCACUAAAAGUGCAAUGAUCUAAAUUCCCGUUCUUGUUCCCCCUCAAAUACCUGUUCGUUCUCUGUAAUUUCAUUUCUUUAUUGUUUUCCAAAAUAAGGCUAGGGCAAAAUAUGUCGCGAAAUUUAUGGGUUCUUGUUAUUUCAGAAGUCUAUCCUGCCCUAGGCUGUAGUACAGUCUGGAGCAGGAACCCUGAAAUAGUACCAGGUCCCUUGAUUCACUGCGCUCUCCCACCACAUGGGAGCCCACUCGCCUGUUGACAACCUUCGUAAAAAUGAUAGGGUCCUGUUGAUGCUUAUAAGAAUGCCCACUUGUCACUUAUGACGAGAAUUCUAUUUUCUUCUCGUCCAAGGGCCCGCACCCGACUGUAUUAACUUGUUGUAGUUCUCCUCCUUCCAUUGAUGCAUGUGUGUCAUAUAUCUUUCUUAGUAGAGCGGGGAUUUUUUUUUUUGUUAACAUUUGGGCUGUAAUGGAAUUGUUCAAUUUCUGUUGGGAGGUCCGAGUGUCGGUGAAACUUUCUGUAACUUUGGAGUACUCAAAUAAUAAAUUACCAAAAUAUUUUCUCUAAAUUGUAUGCCGGGAAUUUAGAAUCAUUUCCCAAACAAGACAUUAAUUAACAAUGCUACGACCUGGAACUAUUUUCUGUAUUGUGUUUCCGACGUCUCAUGAUUGGCUGCAGAUUUUUGAGAUUUGUUGUGUUUUUAAGGAAUCAAUUCUUGAUCUAGGUCGUAAGGUUGAAUUGUGUGGCUGCUGUUUCUCAAAUGCGCUAGCCAUCUUUUAUGCUAUGCUCAGUUUACAGGCUAUAUAUACUGGAAACUGGUAGAACGAGUUGGUAAAUUGAUGGUAUUCUUAUUAGGAAAAUAAACCUUUUUGGUGUUCAGAUGGGAUUGAGGUGGACAAAGAGAUGACGCUCAGCAUGAACAAUGUGAAGGGAAGUUAGGUGCCAAUGUUGACCGAAGUGAGGGGAGAGAGGCAACUAUGCACUGGAACCUUGAUUUUUCUUUUUUGGCUCUGCUGUUCCUACUAUAAUAUCGCUGACUUUUCUGUUUUGAUGAAGUAGCAUAUUACGGGAGGGAAGUCUCCUGUUUAAAUAUAAGGAGCCAUGGAAGAAGGCAGAAAGACUAUCUCUGCUUUUAACUUAUCCCGCAGGAGUUUCCAAUCUUCUGUUGCUCAGCAUGAACAAAAUCAUAAGGGAGGUUAGAUACGAAUCUUGACAUGACGUCUAGAUAAUCAGUAGUUUGAACUACCAUAUGUCCGCAAUAACUGCCAAGGAUUGCCUCGCCUCGUGAAACAAUAGGAUCAGCUGAGAUACAGCGAUACGACACACAAGAAUCUCCCAGUUAGAUUCAAUAGAAGUUUAUUGACAAAAAUAUGAGAAAGCUGUCAUUCAUAUUUGUGGAAUGAAGUAAUGUUGCCCUGUUGAUCGAUGACUAUCAAAAUUUUUGGGUUUCCAUCAUGGAUCAGCGAGGGUCAAUGGGAGUCCUUUGUGCUAGAUCAUGGUUUCACUGGUAGCUCAUAAUUAGUCCAGAAAAGUUCUGUGUAUGAUCAAAUAUUUGUUUCGUCUAUUUAUCUCGAGUUAUUUUCAUCAUUCAUUUGAUUAAGGAGGAAAACAUUUUCUAAAAUAUACACGUUAUAGAUAGAUAGUACGCAAUCCCUGAGAAGAUGUCUGGUGCUGCCUGGACUCUGAUCCCUUCUUGUCUUUGAACUGCACACACAUGGCGGGCAAAUGGCACCUGCCGUAAAAGCAGCAUAGCCCAUGUGCAUGGCAUACAACACAUGCUGUGUCAGGGCACAGAUGGUCCCGCCUGGCCCUUUGCUCAAAAAGCCCAAUCAACUAUGUCGUAGGGACGUAAGAAAAUGGACAACGGGAAUAUUAAGAACUCACUGCUGCUGUUAUUGCAAUGUAGCAUAGGUCAAUGGAAAGGGAAAACCUCUCGCUUCUCCUCUUUCUUUGCUUCUGACAUGUAGGAGGUCGUACGGUAGAUAACAGCAGGCACAUCCACUUGACCGAAGGGAAUCGAUGCUUCUGCUCCUCAACCAAGGAGCUGUUCGAUGCAAGAAGCAAGGAAGUAGGCAGUGCGAGUGUCAGCCGAAUGCUCAGAGCUAAACUAUUAUGUAUGGAGUUCUUUGACCCCUAAGGUGCGGAAAUCAAAAAGAUAAUGGUGGUGCCUUUCAAAUAAUGAUUAGAAACCAUUGACCACUUUGACGGGAUGAAAUUAACAUGUUCAACUCACUUAUAUGAUGUUAAUUUAUGCCUUACUAGCACAUUUGUCAUUUCAAUGGUUACUGGAUUGGAGGGCUUUGAUGUUGUACACAUGAGGGGCUGGGAGAGAAGGGGGAGCUUCAAGCAAUAAUUUUGUGGAUUAGAUUUGAAUUUACACCUUCAGGAAACUGCCGGCUCUAAUAUAUGUUUUUUUUUUUAUGCUGAAAGUUUACGAAAACUGUUCAUAUUUACGAUUUUCAUGCGGGAUAAGUUUCAUCACUACUUGUAUAUGCUGCAAUGAUUUAAUUAAUGGUCCGUGGGUUGAGCUGAGUAAUGGAUUGAUGAUCUAUUCUUUUCUGUUUGGCCAUCUAGAAGGUUUAAUGCUGUGCACUAGUCUGUUUCAAGUUGGAGCUUAGCAAAAUUGUUCCAAGGUAAUAGUAACCAAGUUAAGAGUUCCAAGGUAAUGAAUAAGAAGCCAGAAGAUAUAUCCCAGUGCCAGUUGUGGGAUCUACUGAUUGACAGGUGGUAGAGGACCCUCAAAUGUCUCUCUGAUGCGAUAACAGUAUGGUUGGGAAUCGUUCAUUUGCUGGUAGUCGGAACUGAGGUUGUUUUUUAUGAAGAAAAUAUUUUCUGGCUUGCUUCAACGUAUUGUCAAAAACAUUUCCCACAUGCUCGGAUAUGGGCACAGCCUUGGAGACCCACAAAGUAUGCACGCAUGCACUCCCAGCUUGCCCCCACGCCCGUCUGGUACACGUUGCCGUAAAGGGAGGCGAGGAUGAGCAAAGCCUUUUGGUUCUCGGUUUUAUUCCUUUUUGCCUUGUUUGAUCGCCGACUAUAAUGACCCCAUCUUUUUGCUCUACACUGGCUUCAAAGAACAGUAGUAGACUGAAAAAUGAGAAGAUUCAGGACUCUGAUUCUCUGCCAUCUCCGCUGGUUGAUGCGUGGCAGUAUCGGCAAAUGAGACGGAGGGAGCAGGAUCGCCUGGCGAGGAUGGACGUGGACUACCAGAGGAGGAAGGAGCUGGCGGAGUUCAACAUGCGGAGAGAGGAGAGGAUGAAGGCUGCCGAGGAGCGCACCGCGAAGAAGCGUCAGAAGCGCCAGAAGAGAAAGCAGCGGAAGAAAGAGCAGAAGACGACAAAGGACGGUGAUACCGGCGGCGGCCAGCACGGAGACGAGCAGUCGUCGGACGAUGACGGGGAAGGAUGA